GGACUCUUCUCAGAAAGAUCUAAGGCAUAAAGUGCGCCACAAACAAGAUUUCAAGGAAUCAGACAGCCGGUCACCAUCCCCAAAGAGGAGAAAGGUAUCUACUAGCAGUGGCGCUGGCGGCGGCAGUGUCACUGUCACCACAGCAGUAGUGGUGGGAAGCAGUACUGGAGGUGGCAGCAGCCGCAGCCGGCGCACAGAUGCCGAAAGCAAGAUCAAGUCGCAAGUGGUGGUGACUCGACCACGGAGCCCAUUGUCGGGCGAGGAUGAAACCUCAGAUGGACUUCUGGACUGUGAGGAGGACAACCUAGAGCUGAAGCGGCAGCAGCUGCAGCGGGAGCUGGACCUGCUUCAGAAGGACAACCAUCCAUCAAGCAGUGGCAGUGCUGGCAGCAAAGGAGGUGCUGGAAGUGGUGGCACAACCACCGCCACUGCGGCAUUGCCGCCUCCUCCAAGUCAAACACCGGGUACCACCAAGAGUGCACACUCGGCGCAACCCAUACAGCAGGGCCAGCCAAGCGGCAGCAGCGAAUCGUCAAGCGAGUCGGACGAUUCAUCGUCUUCGGACUCUUCGAGUUCCAGCUCCGAUGAUGAAGACGACGACGAUGACAGCGAGGAUUCGUCAAGCUCCACUUCAUCGGGGGCUGCUUCGCCAUCGGCCGGUCGGGGCAGUGGGAGUGCUGCACUGCCACCGCCAGUCACAGAAGGCCAGCGACAUCACCGAGGCCAUCGUGGAAAUGCGGAAGAGCGCGGUGCCACUGCACACCGCUCCGUCGAUGGCAAGAGCAGUCGUGAGCCAUCACGUACUGGAUCGUCUUCACAUGGACACGACAAGGAUGCUGGGCGCCACGGUCGUGACCGUCAUCGGGGGCAGUCAAGGGAGCCACCUGAAGCAGGCAGGAUGUCGCCAAGUCGACGAGGAGGGGGGCCUCGGGAUGGUGGCGACUAUGACAGGUACGCGGGCCGGUCACGUGGCCCCCGCACUCCCAGCCCUGGUCCACCCACCGACUCUAAGCGCAAGGCCGCCAGCAGCAGUGCCCAACCCAACAAAGGGCCACCCCCACCAUACCCACCUGGAAAACCACGAAAGAAAAAGAAGUCUGGCAAGAGGCGCAGGGACCGAGAGAAGCAGCUGAGAGCUGAGCGUGCCCGUGUUGCCCAGUCACAUGGUGCUGCACCAUUUCCGGAGAGCCCGUCGCCGGAACGGCCGCUGUCGCCUCCGUCGUCACGCCACCGCGGGAACCGCGAAGGAGGUGUGCGUGGUGCACCACCCUCGUCACGCAGUGGGCGUUAUGGGCCGCCUUCCUCUGGCCGCUCCCCUCCCCCUCCACGUGAUGCUACAGCUGUUGCCCCUGGACACAGGAGCACUGGCCCUCCCUCCAAACGACCUCGCCGAGAGUCGCCACCGCCACCCCCUUCUUCCAACCCCCCUCAAGGAGACAGUUCCGUCCCUCCGCCCCCACCAGCUGCUCCGCCAUCCCAGCUGUCGUCGAGAGAUUCUCGAAAGAAAGACGGCGACCGUCACGGGCGCCCAGAAGACUAUGGUGGGAGAAGUGACCCUAAAGGCUACGACGGGCGUUAUGAUGCCGACGCGUCGCGAAGUGGACGCAAACGAGGAGAACCUGGUCAUGCUGACCAGCCACCGCCACCACCUCACAGAGGUAGCCGGCAUGAUCCACUGCCUCCUGAAGAGGCUGACAUGCUUGAGCCAGGUGAGGUGCUGCCAGAGCACACGGAACGUUAUGUCAGUGAGCGAAACCGCUACGACCAGGGCAGGGGCCGUGAUGGACGCAGAAUGGAUCACCAUCGCUCACGGUCACCGUCUCCCGCCCUGGCCGGCCUGCCACCACGCAGUCGCAUGGACAUGGAUAUGCAUCGCAUGGAUUAUCCGCACUCACCCCGCUCACGAAACCAAGACGGCAGGAGCAAGUCAGACUUGAGGGGUUCUGAUGGACGACGCGGUGAUCCCUACAUCAGAGGGGACCCAAGGGGGGACCCAAGGGGAGACCCAAGGGGAGACCUAAGGGGCGAACUAAGAGCAGAUCCAAGAGGGGAUCUCAGGGGUGAUUCUAGGAUCGACCCAAGAGACCCCAGAGAUAUCAGAGUGGAUGCCAGGGGAGACGCAAGAGGCGAUCCGAGAGGCGACCUCAGAGACCUGCGUCGAGACCCUCGGGGAGGAGAUUCACGGGGAGACCUCAGAGGCGACCCGAGGUGUGACUCUAGGGGCGACCUGCGUGGGGGUGACCCGUACCGCCGAGGAAUGGAUCUGCGGGGCGACCAGAGCAAGCAGGAUCUUCGCGGUGGUGACUAUCACGGUCGUGGCGACUACCACGGACGAGGCGACCUAAAGCCAGAUUAUCACGGCAGAGGCGACCCCUACUCCAGGGGUGCUGACGGCCGAGUCCCGUUAGACCCCUACGGGCGCUCUUCCGACUAUCGUGAUGGCCGUGAUCUGCACCCGCGCAUGGACUUGCGUGGAAAAGACCUGCCCCCACCGCCGCGCAUGGACCGGGGCGACCUUCCGGGAUACGACCCACGUUCCGAGGACUACGGGCGCUUGGCCGAGGACUACUAUGCGCGCAUGGACCGCCGAGACUACUAUGCAGAUGGCUACGGGCCGCACCGCUCGGAGCUGCGAGACCGGGGCCCGCGAGACCUUCGUCGGCCGGAGCACGUGAGCCGCAUGGAUGUCAGGGGUGGAGGGGAGCCGCAUCUGAAGGGUCGCCUGGAACCCGGCGGAAGGGGCGAGCACCGCCGCAAUGACUCGCGGGGCCGCGAUGAACGUGGGUACGGGUUGUCUCGCCUCGAGCCAUCCAGCUCUCGUAGCCGGGGAGACCCAAGAAGCAGCGACGACGGACCCAAGGCUGGUGGCCGCGGUGACCCGUACGAGCGCGGGGAACCGCCGUACAGGGGCGGCGGAGAUCCCGGCCACAGGGGCGACCCGAGGGGCUCGGAUUCCAGGGGGGAUCCCGGGAGGAGAGGUGGUGGAGAUUACAAGGGCCGCGGGGCCGCUCCUUCCAGGAUUGACGACUCUGGUCCAAGCCGUUACAGCAGAAGGGAAGCUGACCCACUCCUAGACUCCAGAGACUCGAGGCCGGGUUCAAACCGAGAGGGACGCGGGGGCGGACGGUCACGUUCCGUUUCGCCCAAUCGCGGUUAUGACAGAAGGAGGCCGCCAGCUAGGAGCACCAAGGAGGUGUCCAAGCGCGGCGAGGGAGACGUCAAACCUGAAAUUGAUGAUGUCAGGGAAGGCGGAUCGGGGGGCAGCCGUGGUUCAUCUCCACGACGUGCCCGUGAGAAGGCUGCGGCAACCAAAACUAGCCGCAGUAGCAGCCAGGACGAAGCUGCCGAGAGACCUGACCAGUCACCUGAUACCGGCAUGCCUGAAGCGGCAGUUCCUAAGGUGGAGGUGGCAUCCCCUGUGAGCGAGGAGAGUGGCGGGGAGUCACCCACCAAGGCUGAGAUCUCUGACAGCAGCAAGCACAUGGUGCUCGUCGAGGAGUGCAAGUCUGAGGACGACAAUGAGGAGGGCCAGGAAGCAAAAGCUGGUGCAGGAGACACAUACAGUGACUGGAGCGAUGACGAUGAUGAUGACAUCCUCACCAGGGGUGAGCAGGCAGCAGACCUUGACAAAAAAGAUGUAUUAUCUGAUGCUCACAUGGACACUUCCAGUCGAGACAAGCCAGAAGAAGCUGGAGACCCUAAUCUAAUUGAGGUCGACGCAGUGCCCAUCAGUCCUGAGGAGUCUCCACGUUCAGUUCAAGGAGAAGGUGCCACUGCCCUGGAAGACGAGUUUGAUCCUAUCAGUGAUGAUGAACUAGAAGCCCUCAUCGAUGAGAACCAGGAGAAAGAACCAGCUCCCGAGCCCGAACCGGCCAUCUCAGACGUGCUGGACAUCGACUGGUCGAUCUUGGUGAAGGAGAGCAGCCGGCCCAAGGAUGGCACCGUGAGCGAGAAGCGUGGCUCUGCCCGCGAGCGCUAUUCGGGAGCCCGUGUGCUGGCACGCAUCGGCAUCUCGCGAGACUUGGCUGGCGAAGAGCUUGCCCAGCAAGUGGUCGAAUUCUGCCAGAAGGAGCUGGCCACUGAGAAGAAGGAACCAGAUGAGCAAGGUGGAGGAGAAGGAGCAGGGGCAGGGAACGAGGCAGCACAGAAGGAUGGAGAUUUCCAGCUGGAAAACCUGACGGCAGGCUUUCACGCGGCUGCUGUGGCGGCACGGAGGCAACAGAACCUGGCACUAGAGUCAUGCGGACGCUACUGCCGCGCCCUCUCAGCACGCCGGGACCUGAUGUUGCGCCGGGCACUCUGCAAGGUGUAUGAGCCAAGUUCCACAGAGCCAGCUGCGAAUGUGGAUUUGCAGUUGUACAGGCGCAGCCUGCAAUUGUACCAGUCUCGUACCCAGGUGCAGCUCGCAUGUUAAACCUGCCCCUCCCCUUCUUCUCAGGCGCUACAUCUGCGUUUCCACUUCGUAUGUGCGAAACAACAUCACAUACGCUAAUGUUAGUUUCUUCAUCUGUCGCUUACCUCUGCCGAACAAUUGCCCCUUGUUUAGCUCUGUUUUGCUUUUUCUGUGCCUUCACAAUACAAGCAUAGAUGAUGGUUUGAGCUGUGGUGAAUAGGUUACAUUCUGUCAGUCAUCUUUAUUAAACUCCUUUGUGUGUGUGUGUGUUUUUUUUUCUUUUUUUUUAAUUCUUCACAUAUCAUUCAUUCACUUUGGGUCUCCUCCCGCAUUUCAUUCUUUUCGUCAUUUUUGCCCUGCCUGGAGAAACAUUAAAAGUGUCAAAAUUGCCA